CACACAUAGAUAUGUAGAUAGCAAAGAUAGCAAACAGACAAAGACCUUUGAUAUUUGAUAAAGUUGAGCAAACAAAAACCACACCACCUGCUGCAAUGGUCCAACCUCACCAUCUGAUCUCAGUCCCUAGCACCUCCUUCCUUCUUUGAAUCCUUUGAUCUCUAAUGGCCUAUACACUUUAAGAAGGAAAUCUCCACCUUUUAACCUUUUCCAUGCCUUCUCUCCCAAAUCCAUGACCUUUCACUCUACACAAUGGCAACUGUGGAGGGGCCCCAUGUUGACGCAGGCACUGCAAGUCGCUGCCGUUAUCGUAAUUCUGUCACAGCUAGCAGUGGCGUUUCAAUCUCCGGCGACUCCGACGACCAGUCGUGGCAUUCGCCGUUGGAGAUUGAAGGUGUGCUGGACUCUCAGAGGGAUUCCUCUGGGCCAGACUGUUUGUUUAAAGACGACUUGGAGAGUGGGGUUCAGGAGUUGAAGAAGCAUUUGGGUAAAGUUGAAAGAGAUUGUAGGAUUUGCCAUUUGGGUUUGGAGGAUGGUAUAGAGGCCGGGGUGCUAGUUGAGUUGGGGUGUGCUUGUAAAGGUGAUUUGGGUGCUGCCCACAAGCAAUGUGCUGAGACGUGGUUCAAGAUCAAGGGAAACACAUAAUUUCUGCCACAAAUAAAAAUAUCUAUAUUUUCAGGACCUGUGAGAUCUGUGGUGCCACUGCACUCAAUGUUGCCAGUAUGCAAAGAAAUGAGGCAAAUAAUGCUGCUACUGUUUCAGCCUCAGCAUUAGCAGCACCAGUGAUACUGGUGGAGAACCGAACCAUUUGGCAUGGCCGCCGCAUAAUGAAUUUUCUAUUGGCCUGCAUGGUCCUUGGCUUUGUCAUUUCUUGGCUUUUUCACUUUAAAAUACUAACAUGAGUUCAGUUCUGGAUGUAUAUAUAUAUACACUUCACCUCCACUUAUGCCUACUUGCCCCCCAGUAUUUAGAAUUGCUAUGAAACGUGUAUGCAUGUGAUGUAUAAUUACAAAAGUUUCUGUGAGCAUGUGCCAUUCAAUUACACGUCUUGUAAUUUUUGAAAAUGAAACAGCAAUCCUGUUGUAUUUA